AUCAUCACUAGAGUGACCAGGGAACAUCAUGGAAGCCGAGUGAGGUGUGAGGCGAUGUACAGUGAUGAUGAAGUUGUCUCCAGUGACUCACUGGAAUUACAGGUUUACUGUGAGUAUUGCGAUCCAACAACAAGGAAUGCUGUGAACAAGGCUGUCAUCGACAGUAUGUAGGAGAUGUCAUUAGUGUUAGACCUUUUUUUUUCUGAGUGUGUGUAUGUGUUUCUACAAAAGAGUCAACAUAAUUUUUUUUUUUUGGCUAAAGGGAAAGUUCUAAGAUACGUUUGAUUUAAUAAAUGAUAUGUUUCACGAUUCACGUUCUAUCGGCUUGUUUACAGAUCGUCCAGUUAUCAGGAUAACACGGAGUGACAAUCAGGGUCAGCCACUGUCCACCUACUCUGAGGUCAUCAAGGGUCACAAUGUGACGUUUGUGUGUGACGCUGACAGCAACCCGCCUCCUGCUUCCAUCACGUGGUCAGGGAAAGUGAGGAGCACUACUGGGGAGCUACACAUCACAGCAGCACAGCAGAGGACACACGACGGUAACUACACCUGUACCGUGGUCACUGAGACAGUUGAUGAUGAUAAACGUCUGCCACUGAGGGCAUCUGACCAGCUUGCUUUUAUCGUUAAAUGUAUUUUUUUUUCUCUUUUUCGCACACACACACCACACACACACCACACACACACCACACACACACACCACACACACACACACACACUAUACAUCGUGUACCUACGCUGAAACCGCGCAAACCACGGGUCUUUUUCCUAGUUUUGUGACUUGAAGCCUUAUGGCCACGAACUUUUGGAGCUUUCCAGCGAUCCUUGCCCCGAGUCAAGUCUGGGUUGUGAAGACUGACGUACAUCUGAGGUAAGUCUAACAAUAUUUUGGCUUGGCAGCAGGAUGAAAGAUAGAGACGAGUAGAUGAUUAAAAGAGCUUUUAACGAGUUAAAUUCACUAUACAGUCAUCUCAUUUCAAAAUAAUAAUUGCUUAACAUUAAUUGCUGGUACACAUACUUAGUUUUGAGGCUAGCCACGGGCUAUUCAUUCGCUAACUUCAGCCGACAAAUCGACAUGUAGAUGUUUCAAUAUAUUAUAGCUGAGAAUAGUAGAAUGAAAACUGGAAAAAAAACCUGGGACUGUGUCAGGCGGCGUUUUAUAAUGACCAAAAGCAGAAUGUCAGGUGUGUUACCGUUUGAACUCUGGUCAUUGCAGCAUAAAAAUUUCUUUCGACUAACCUUUGGUUUGACGGAGACCAGGACCACAACCACUGUGUUUGAUGUCCUGCCAGCCAGUCUGACGUUCCUGUCAGUCUAUCGCAUCAGAUAUCAUCAUGUACAGGCUCAUCGCAUCUUGUCUCAUAUGUUAUCUCUUGGUUCAACGAUCGGCGAGCCAGCAGACCGUGCGGUUGGCUAACGGGACCUGGUGGGCGGGACGCCUUGAGAUAUUCCAUCAAGGGCAAUGGAGUAGAGUGUGUGAUCGUAUGUUUGGUAAACAGAACGCUCAGGUGGCCUGUAGGAUGCUGGGAUUUGACAGUCCUGAAGCACUAGUUGUCAGUUCUGCGAUGUACGGGGAAGGUUCAGGCAAGAUUGCACCAUACAACUACACGUGUCGGGGUACUGAAGCCAGUCUGACAGGGUGUAAAUACACGUGGCACAAUGACGACUUCUGCAGCCAAAGUAAAGCUGUCGGUGUUGCCUGCGUUGUCUUAUCUACUCAACUUCGUCUAGCGGGUACUCGGCGCACAAGACAGGAUAUGGGUCGUGUUGAAAUAUUAUUUGGGGCUGCAUGGACUACUCCUUGUGUCAGUAGCUUCAGCAGUAGCCUUGCUAAGGUCAUCUGCAGACAGAUGAAUUAUCCCUCACAAGCAGCAACUGCUGUGGAGCCAUCAUCCUUUGGUCCGAGGACAGGACGUUUCCUUGUCGCUGGUAUUGUGUGCACGGGCAUGGAGUCCAAUAUACUGGGCUGUUUCCAGACAUUUAAUGGCUUCAGUGAUACCUGCUCUUCAUCUGAGCUUGGCGUAAUCUGCAGUGAUUCAAGCCCCUCGCUAUUCAUCGUUGUGGAGACAAGCUCUACCAGCCCUGCCUACCCACUGAUGGAGGGAACCAAUGUUACACUGAAAUGCGUCUCCUCACAGCGAGGUCUGUCACAUCUCAACUUCUCUUGGCCAGAGACUGCAGGUGGCCGUCCUUCUGGUGAAUACCUCAUCUUUGACAACCUGACCAGAUCACACAAUGGAGGCAGAGUGAGGUGUAUGGCCAGCUAUGGACAGCCUCCUAGAACUCAAAUUGCUACGAGUGACACAUUGGCAAUGGAUGUUUAUUAUCGGCCUGUGGUUAGAAUCAAAUGGGAAGGGAACACGUGUGAACCUCUGGAGUCCAGUCCAAGUCGCUGUGUUGUCAGUCAAGACCAGCAAGUCAUUCUUUACUGUGAGGCUGACAGCAACCCUCCUCCUGCUUCUGUAAGAUGGUCUGGACAGGUUGAGAGUGCAACUGGACAGCUGUACAGCUGUACAUACCUUCUGCACAGAGGAGCUGGCACAAUGGUCGAUACAUCUGUACUGUGUCGUCUAAACCAGUGUCCAGUGAUGGCCGUCAGACACUAAGCUCAACACACAGCUUCAGUGUUAUUGUUAAAUACCCAUCUCGAGUACUGAAUUUUCAAGUGAAUGCUGGGAUGAGAAGGGUUGUGACUGUUCCUGAACACUCCCCAGUGUACAUGCGGUGUGAAGCUGAGGGGAGACCAUCACCUCACAUGACGAUUGUCCGUGACACUGUGGACAAGCGAGAGGUCGCCAGCAGGCCUCGAGGUGCAGUUGAGUUUUCUGACCAAAGAAAUGUGUUAACAUAUAACUUGACUGCCGCACCUUGCGAGGCUUCAGGUGACUACAGGUGUGAGGUGGACAACGGAGUUGGAAAAGAUAUUCAGAACAUCAGGAUUUAUGUUAUGUGUGCUCCCAGGAGAAGCAGCACCGAAGAACAAUCUUCAAUCCUUAAUAUUGCCGUCAGGUCUUUUCAGUGUUCAACUGACAGCAUACCCAACACCGACAGUCAAAAACACUCUCUACCUUGGGCAGUACAAUGACAACAGCACCGAAGGGACAACAGCGUGGAAUAAGUUUUAUGUCGCGUGUGAGGCGAACAGCUUUCUUCCCGCCUCAGUCAUCUGCAACAUCACGACCAUCAACAUGACAAACGCUGACGAAGGGUUCUAUAAAGUAAUUUUCAGCAAUGAGCUUGGGGUGCUGCCUCUUAUACUUCUAGUCCGGCGAGAUGAGGACCGUGGCGUCAACUUAAAAGACAUCCUUGGUUCAGCCUUGGGAAACGCUUGUGUACUUAUUGUGGCCAUUAUUCUGACAGUCUUCAUAGCCAAGCAUUGCAAAGG